CCCAUUGGUUGUCCCUCCCAGCCGGGCUGUCACCACCUCACAGCAGCUGUGACAGGGACAGUUAAAAAUAGCUCUGGCAGCAAUGGCUGCCCGGUGCCGGCUUGCUGCACGCUUCCACCACAUCCACGGCGCCAACAUCCGCCUGGAUGCCUCACACACGCAAGCCACACGAGUGGAGAGCUUCGCCAACGGGCUGUGCUUCAGCCAGGAGCCUCUGGCACCCGGGCAGAUCUUCCUGGUGGAGAUCGAGGAGAAGGAGCUGGGCUGGUGCGGGCACUUGCGCGUGGGACUGACGGCCCACGAUCCCCAGAGCCUGGAGGUAGUGCCUGAGUACUCGCUGCCGGACCUGGUGAACAUGGGGGACACCUGGGUGUUUGCCAUCACCCGGAACCACAACCGCGUGGUGGUGGAGGGAGCGGAGGUGCAGGCGCGGGGGCGGCCCUGGGAGCCCUUCCUGCUGAUCGAGCGGGUGCGGUUUCCCCGCGACACGCUGGUGGGGCGCAGCCGGCCCGGCCGCUACAGCCACAUCCUGGAUGACCUGUACAAGAUGAACGUGCUGCCUGCCACCGCCCGGCGCAGCCGCAUCGGGGUGCUGUACGCCCCGCAGCCCGACGGCACCGCCGACAUGCACAUCGUUAUCAACGGCGAGGACAUGGGGCCGAGCGCCAGGGGCCUGCCCACCACCCGCCCGCUCUACGCCGUCAUUGACGUCUUUGCCUCCACCAAGAGUGUCCGGGUCAUCCCGGUGGAUUACGGCUUUCCUUCCCUGCAGACGCUGUGCCGGCUGGUUAUCCAGAAACACAUCGUGCACCGCCUGGCCAUCGAUGGCCUGGACUUGCCCCCACUACUCAAGAGCUUCUGCCAACAUGAGUGAGGUAUUGAGGGUGCUGCUGGGCUGCCCCCCACAUCAACUGCCCCCCAGUGACGGCUGCCCAGCAGGCUCUGUGCCCCUCCCUGCCCACUCACCCCAGCGUGUGCUGCUGAAGGGCUGACAUGAGAGCAGGGCAAAGUGGGGUUGGGAUUUUCCCCACACUGAUGGUGGCACGCCCAGAGCAUGGGCAGGGGGAUUGAUGUGGGUCAGAGAGAGCAAUAAAGUGC